CUUACCUCUUGCCUUCAAAGAUUCACUCCCACCCGGCAAUCUACAAGAGCAACAAAAGCAACAGACAGCAGACAAGACAAAAUGUCCUCCCUCCUCCCCAUCCAGCGCCGUUCUGCGACGCUCCUCACUCGCGCCAUCAAACAAACCCCCAACGCCCGGCGCUCCAUCCUGACCAGCGCAACCCGCCAACUCCCAACCCGACCCUGCAGCAGCAGUAUACUCCGCCUCGUCCCUCAAUCCCACCCCCAAUUCGAACUCCAACCGCAACCCCAAACCCAGCAGCAGCAGCACCAACGCCGAAGUAACAGCACCAACGCCACAGCCGACAAAGGGUUCAAACAAUGGGACUUUGAAGAGAUAACAACCUCCCUCCCCUCCGCGAACCCAUCGUCUCCGCAAAAACCCCUCAUCCUAAUCGACGUCCGCGAACCCGCCGAACUCAACGCGACCGGCAUCAUCCCGACGGCCGUCAACGUCCCGCUCGCCUCCCAGCCCGACGCCCUCUUCCUGACGCCCGACGAGUUCGAGACGCGGUUCGGGUUCCCCAAGCCCGGGGUCGAGGAGGGGUCCUUGGCCGUGACGGACACGGCCGGAGCGGCGGCGCCGGAGAUCGUGUUCUACUGUAAGGCCGGGGUGCGCGCGCGGGCGGCGGCGCAGUUGGCCGUGCAGGCCGGGUACGAUGCGGCGCGGAUCGGGGUGUAUGAGGGGAGUUGGUUGGAUUGGGCGGAUCGGGGCGGGAAGGUGGAGCGGUGGGAGGGGGAUGAUUGA